CUAUUAUAAUGGCUGAAUAAACAACAGACCGCAUUAGAAAGAAAGAAAGAAAGUGGUGUUAGUUUCCAAAUUUCCAAACCCAAGUCCUCUUAUCUAAUUCGCAGUGCGAGCUCUCUGCAACAACACCAUUUGAUUUGAAUUCUCAAUGACCUCCUCCUUAACACUCCCAACUCCAAUUUCAUGGGUUCAUAGUCGGAGAGACUGUUAUUUCAAUUCCCAUUCACUCAAGGACAAGCAAGCUCACCAGUAUCGAAUCAUCUUUCCCAAGAAGAAGACAUGGAGGUGUUCGGCCACCGACCAACCACGGCAGAGACAAUCGAAGAGCAGGAAAAACCAACCCGAGAGCGAAAAAGGGAUCGACCCAGUUGGUUUCCUCACCAAACUCGGCAUCUCCCAUAAACCCUUCGCUCAAUUCCUCCGCGAAAGGUAUAAAUCAUUGAAGGACCUGACAGAUGAAAUUUUCAAUCGCCACCUGAAUCUUAAGGAGAUGGCUUCUGGAUUUGAAAUAUUGGGUAUUCACCGCCACGUGCAACAUCGGGUGGAUUUCAUGGAAUGGGCUCCAGGUGCUCGCUAUUGUGCUCUCGUUGGUGAUUUUAAUGGGUGGUCGCCAACUGAAAAUUGUGCAAGAGAGGGUCAUUUUGGCCAUGAUGAUUAUGGCUACUGGUUUAUCAUUCUUGAAGAUAAAUUGAGGGAGGGAGAAAAACCAGAUGAACUCUAUUUUCAACAGUAUAACUACGUGGAUGAAUAUGAUAAAGGUGACAGUGGUAUUACCAUUGAGGAAAUCUUUAAGAAAGCAAAUGAUGAAUACUGGGAACCUGGGGAGGACCGCUUUAUAAAUUCACGUUAUGAAGCGGCUGCUAAAUUAUAUGAACAAAUAUUUGGCCCUAAUGGUCCUCAAACGGAAGAGGAAUUGGAAGAAAUACCUGAUGCAGAGACAAGAUAUAAGGCAUGGAAAGAACAGCAUAAAGAUGAUCCGCCCAACAAUUUACCUGCAUUUGAUGUGAUUGAUAGUGGAAAAGAAUAUGAUAUUUUUAAUAUUGUGGAUGAUCCUGUAUCGCGAGAGAAAUUUCGUGCUAAGAAGCCUCCGAUUGCAUACUGGUUAGAGACUCGUAAGGGAAGGAAAGCAUGGUUGAAAAAAUAUACACCCGCAAUUCCACAUGGAAGCAAAUAUAGGGUCUAUUUUAACACUCCUAGUGGACCUUUAGAACGUGUUCCUGCUUGGGCUACUUAUGUGAUUCCAGAUGCGGAUGGAAAGCAAGCUUUCGCAGUUCACUGGGAACCGCCUCUUGAAUGUGCUUACAAAUGGAGAUACAAACCCCCACAAAAUCCAAAGUCUUUGCGUAUAUAUGAAUGCCAUGUUGGGAUUAGCGGGCUGGAGCCAAAAAUUGCCUCUUUUAAUGAUUUUACUGAAAUGGUCCUCCCUCAUGUGAAAGAAGCUGGAUACAAUGCAAUUCAGUUGAUUGGAGUUGUUGAGCACAAAGAUUAUUUUACUGUUGGUUAUAGAGUAACUAAUUUGUAUGCUGUUAGCAGCCGUUAUGGAACUCCUGAUGACUUCAAGCGCUUGGUUGAUGAAGCACAUGGUCUAGGGCUGCUGGUCUUCUUAGAAAUUGUCCAUUCUUACUCAGCAGCAGAUGAGAUGGUUGGAUUAUCACUUUUUGAUGGAUCAAAUGAUUGCUACUUUCAUACUGGUAAACGAGGGCAUCACAAAUUUUGGGGUACCAGAAUGUUCAAAUAUGGAGACCUUGAAGUGCUGCAUUUUCUUCUCUCGAACUUGAAUUGGUGGGUGGUGGAGUAUCAUAUUGAUGGUUUCCAGUUCCAUUCACUCUCGUCAAUGAUGUAUACACAUAAUGGCUUCGCUUCUUUUACUGGUGACAUGGAAGAGUACUGUAACCAAUAUGUUGACAGGGAUGCAUUGAUAUACCUCAUUUUGGCAAAUGAGAUAUUGCAUGCUCUUCAUCCCAAUAUAGUUACAAUUGCCGAAGAUGCAACACUUUAUCCUGGACUAUGUGAGCCAACUUCUCAGGGAGGACUUGGAUUUGAUUAUUAUGUCCAUCUUUCAGCGUCUGAUAUGUGGUCAUGGUUUCUUGAGAAAAUUCCUGACCAUGAUUGGAGCAUGAGUAAGAUUGUGAGCACAUUAAUGGGCAACAGGCAUAGUGCCGAGAAGAUGCUUUUGUAUGCUGAAAAUCAUAACCAGUCUAUAUCCGGAGGACGGUCAUUUGCAGAAAUACUGUUUGGCGAACACAUGAAGCAUUCAGCUAACACAAAAGAUUCAUUACUCAGAGGCUCGUCACUGCAUAAAAUGAUCAGAUUAAUUACGUUUACAAUUGGCGGUCGUGCUUACAUCAACUUCAUGGGCAAUGAGUUUGGGCAUCCAAAGAAGGUAGAGUUCCCAAUGCCAAGUAACAACUUCUCAUUUUCACUUGCUAACCGUCGUUGGGAUCUGUUGGCAAAUGAAGGAGUACAUCAAGAUUUAUUUUCUUUCGAUAAGGAUAUGAUGAAAAUGGAUGAAAAUGAAAGAAUACUUUCAAGAGGGCUUCCAAACAUUCACCAUGUUGAUGAUGCUACUAUGGUUAUAUCUUACUCAAGAGGUCCCUUUCUCUUUAUAUUCAAUUUUCAUCCCACAAAUUCAUAUGAAAGAUACAGUGUGGGUGUAGAAGAAGCUGGAGAGUAUCAAGUCAUACUGAAUACGGAUGAAGAGAAGUACAGUGGUCAAGGACUUAUUCAGCAUAACCAAUAUCUUCAGAGAACUAGUAGUAAAAGAGUUGAUGGUCUCAGAAACUGCUUGGAAGUUCCAUUGCCGAGUAGAACUGCUCAGGUCUACAAAUUAACUCGGAUUUUGAGAGUAUGAACUAUUUGUGCAUUCUGAUUCUCUCUGAGCUGAAUAUGGUUUUUGAAGAAUUGAAGCCAGCGUCAAAGUGCAGUCUCUAUGAGCUACUUCUUGGUUCUUCAGGAGAGAUCCUGUCACCAGAUUAGAACACCAAAGAGAAGAAUCAUUAACAUGCAGAGUAUAGGAGCAGCAUGAUUGUGCUGGCGGGUGUUUGACUAGUCAUUGCAUCUCUGUGUGCCCUCUAGGUGAAGGUGGACCUGACUAGAUCAGAUUACGGCUAGCAUUCCAUCAUAUCUUCUUUUAAAGCAAAAAAGUCACAUUUGGAUCAAUGGCAUGGUCAUGGAAGUGCUUGAGCCUUGAAGUUAACAAACUUUUGACAAUCUGUUUGUAAAUAGAGACAUUUUACUUUAUAUUAUGGCGUUCAGUUGGUUUAGCAGUGAACAAUCAUUUGCCAUUAAAUUCCACACAGGAUGGAAGUUUUGCCACAUUGUGAAUUGUAAUCUUCUUUUACAUGUAAUGGAAAUAUAUUGUUUCCACAAAUUGAUGUUUUUAUGUGUACCUGCUUCCGUCAAUUAAUGGACAUGGAAUUGAAAAUUUUCAAAUUA